AACGAAGAGAGGGAAAACAAGUGUGGAAGAGGGAAAACUGGAAAAGGCACAGCAAACCGAGAAAAUGGCGGCUCGGCGUGGGCGAGAGUGGGACGGGGACGAGCAGGGCGCGGCGCUGCCAACGCCGGCGCCCCUCGGCGCGCCGGUCGUCUGCCUUCUCAGCUCCGCCGGAGACCUAGCCGCCGGCGCCUUCGUAGGCUCCCUCGUCGGAUACGGAAAAGGUUUGAUCACAAACCAAGGCACGAAGGCUUGUCUUAGCAUUGCUGGAUCUUCUGCAAAGACAUUUGCUGCUCUUGCUGGUGUCCAAAGUUUCAUCAUGUGCUUGCUAAGAAGACUGCGUGGGAAAGAUGACAUGAUCAAUGCGGGUAUGGCAGGUUGUUGCACAGGCAUUGCUUUGAGCUUUCCAGGUGCGCCCCAGGCAAUGUUCCACAGCUGUGUCACCUUCGCAGCAUUCUCAUGCAUAAUGGACGGUCUCAGCAAGCAGCAGGCAGCAAUGGCACUCACACUUGAUGUGAAAUCUCCAACUGUCAAGUAUGAGGAGGGCCGGGUCAUCCCACCAUUCACUCUUCCGCCGCUUCUGGAUGCAUUGGAUCCUCUAGGUUCAUUCUGCCAGACCCUUAUCAAGCCUAAGCAUUAGGAGUGCGCUGAGGCUUGUUACCCCAAAAAGGCAGUUUCGAUCUAUAGUUUGGCACUGUAUGCUCUAUAACCGUUCUGAAUUUGUCUCCAGUCAUGCUGUUCAAGUUUGGUAACUGUAGUGGCGCUAUAGGACAUAUGCCCAUUUUUUGUCAAUGGUACAUUUUUUAUGAAACUUGCUGAAGAGAUUAUAACCAUAAGAUUGUUCAUUGGUGAAGAUUUGAUAGU